CUACCUACUCCCCAUACAGUUACCGAGAUUGAUGGGAGAGAGUUGAAUUUGAAAGUUCCAACUCCCUGGAAAUAGAAGUAUGAGAGUAUUGAGUGAGAAAGAACUGCAAACUACAAGAGAGAGAGAGAGAGAGAGAGAACAAAAACCAGGCAUGAAAGCCCAAUUUCACCACUCCUGUAACAAAACCACAUUAUUCCAUGAUCUCCAAAACUGUGUGUCUAACUCACUAUUCCUCUCACACCAAAUACCUUCACCACUUAAUUCAGGCCUCCUCCACACUCAAUCACCUUCUCCAACUCCAUACCCAUAUAAUCCUCAACGGCCUCCACUCUCACCUCCCUCUCAUCACUAAGCUAGCUGACUCUCUCUCUACUCUUGAUGCUCUUCCUCAUGCCCAACUCCUCUUCUGCUCAGUCGCCGAACCAGACCUCUUCCUCUUCAAUGUCACCCUCCGCUCCCUCUCUCUAUCUAACCUAUAUUCUCCCCCCGCCCCACUUUCUCUCUCUAAUGCCACCACCCCAACACUCCCUGCGACCUCCUCCACUACCCCAACUCUCUCUCUCUACAAUUCUCUCUUUAACCAACCCACCCCGGCUCUCUCACUCUACAAUUCUCUAUUGGUCUCGGGUCUAAACCCCGACUGCUACACCUUUGCCUUUGCCAUUAGGGCAUGCACCGAGCUGCCAUGGCCGUCGCCGGGCCGAGCUCUACACGCCAUGGCCACUGUCACUGGCCAUGCCCAAAACCUCUUUGUUUCCUCCACUUUAGCCCACUUCUAUCUGAACUUUUUCCUAAUUGACUAUUCUCUCAAAGUGUUCGGUCUGAUGCCUCAAAAAGAUGCACCUGCUUUUAACACCAUGAUCUCUGGUUUGGUUCGAGCUUCUCGACAUGAAGAGGCCGUGUCCCUCUUUGGCCAAAUGGCUUCAACUGGUUCUCCAUCUCCCGAUUCCACUACAUUGACGGCCAUCCUCCCCGCCAUGGCUGAGCUUCAAGAGCUGAGGCUCGGUCGAGCCUUACACUGCUUUGCUUUCAAAACCCACCUCCUCUCUCAUCUACAUGUGGCCACUGGGCUGGUUUCUUUCUAUGCGAAGUUGCAGGAAGCCAUGGAUGCUCGUCGAGUGUUUAAUGAGAUCCACAAACCAGACAUUGUCUCUUACAAUGCCAUGAUCUCAGGCUAUUCUUUAAAUGGGGAUUUCGACACAGCCUUGAUUCUUUUUAGAGAGAUGAAUUCGAUGAGCUUGAAGCCAAACUCGAGCACAAUUGUGGGUUUAAUCCCUGGUUUCGAUCCCUUUGGAGCUAUUGGAUCGGUGCAUGGCUAUGCUUUCAAGGCUGGGAUGUGCUCUAACAUGGCUGUGGCCACUGCUAUAGUUAGCGCUUACGGGAAAAAUAAUGACAUUUCAUCGUCUCGACAGCUUUUCGAUGAGAUCCCCGAAAAGAGCUUGGCUUCUUGGAAUGCCAUGGUUUCAGGUUAUGCACAAUGUGGCCAAACCGAAGAUGCCAUUGCACUCUUCAAACACAUGCAAAACCAGGAAGUGGAACCCAACCCAGUCACUAUAGCCAGUGUUCUCUCUGCCUGUGCACAACUUGGUGCCCUAACCCUUGGUCAAUGGAUCCAUGACCUAAUUCGUAAAGCAAAAUACGAAACAAAUGUAUUUGUUUCCACCGCUUUGAUCGAUAUGUAUGCAAAGUGUGGGAGCAUAGAGAGGGCCCGAGAGCUCUUCGACACGAUGCCUGAGAAAAAUGUGGUCUCUUGGAAUGCUAUGAUCUCGGGCUACGGGCUUCAUGGCCAUGGGCACAAGGCCUUACAACUUUACGAAGCCAUGCUCCAAUGUGGCAUAGCCCCAACCGGGGUGACCUAUGUAGGGCUCCUAUGUGGGUGCAGCCAUGCUGGACUCGUGGCUAAAGGGUUGGAGCUCUUUGGCUCAAUGGUCAAAGACCAUGGACUGAGCCCCAGGCCCGAGCACUAUGCAUGCAUGGUGGACCUAUUGGGUCGAGCUGGUAGGCUCACUGAGGCUAUGGAUUUCAUCACCAAUAUGCCCAUUGAGCCCACUAGUGGCGUGUGGGGAGCCCUAUUGGGUGCUUGUAUGGUGCACCAAGACCUAAGGCUAGCCCAGCUUGCGGCCAAGAGGCUCUUUGAGCUCGAGCCGAGGCAAGCUGGCUACCGAGUUCUGCUCGCUAACCUAUACUCGGCAAAAGGACUCUGGGCCAAUGCAGCUAGGGUUAGAGAGGAAACAAAGAACAUUAGGAUUUCGAAAGUGCCAGGUUGUACACUGAUUGAGCUAGAUGGCGAGUUCCAUACGUUUCGAGUGGGUGAUAGGUCGCACCCAAGGGCAGUGGAGAUAUAUAGGGACUUAGAGAGGUUGGAGUCGAAGAUGGCGGAGGUGGGUUACAGAGUGGGGACUGAUGUGGUGUUGCAUGAUGUGGAGGAAGAGGAGAAAGAGAGUAUGGUGAGGGUACAUAGCGAGAAGCUUGCAAUCGUGCUUGGGCUCAUUAGCACCGAGCCUGGGAGUACAAUUAGGAUCAUCAAGAACUUGCGUGUGUGCUCUGAUUGUCACAACGCGACUAAGUUCAUGUCAAUGGUCACUGGUAGGGUGAUUGUCGUCAGGGAUGCUAAUCGAUUCCACCAUUUCAAGGAUGGGGCGUGCUCAUGUGGGGAUUAUUGGUGAUAUUGUGCUCUCUCAAGCAGUGGGAUUCAAACCUAGACACUACUAACAUUUCCAAGGACUGAUAACAGGUGGCUUGGUUUUUCCCUCCCUCUUUGGUGGGUAAAUUGGGUUUCAACCCCAGGCACAAGGCAGAAGGCAGAAGGCAGAAGAGCAAAAUUAUAAUGGUAGAUCCCACUAUAUAAGAAUACAAGUGCAUAACAAGGAAAAAUAAGUGUAUUUGAUUGUGUUUAUGGAGUUCUAUCUCUUGCGUAGAGUGAUUAUUGAGUAGACAUGAGAGGAAACUUAGAUCAGUGGUUAAUUUUUUUUUAUUUAUUUUUAAUGUGUUUACUAAUCAGUGGUUAAAAAAUUGCA